AUGCCCCAGGCUUUACAGAACCGAAGACCGGUCAAAACCUUCAGCGACAUGCUGUACCAUCAUUCGCGAGCGCUUAGCCACGUUUCCGUGGCUUACGCGAGCAAAGAAGACGAAAUUGAGAGUCUGCUGAAUGACCUGCACCAGGUACUGAAAACUGGCAAAAAACUGGUUUUCGCGGGCUGUGGCAAGUCUUUGAAGAUCAUUUACAAGACCGUGGCGAUGCUCACGUCGUUGGGUAUGGAUGCGGCGUAUUUGCAUCCCAGUGAGGCUUUGCACGGCGAUAUGGGUGCCAUACGGCGCGGAGACGCCAUAAUAGUGUGUUCCAGCAGUGGCGAGACGCAGGAACUGGUCUCUUUUAUGAAAUAUACAUCUUCCGUGCUGCAACCGUCGCUCAGGGUUUUGGUUUCGUCGCGAGCAUCGUCGACGUUGCAAGCACUGGCAGAUCGCACAUUGCUGAUACCCCAACCGGCCGAGUUUCAAGAAAGCUACCUCCAGGAUGGAUUGCAGUCGCCCACGGUGUCUACGACACUUAUGCUUGCGGUUCUCGACUGUCUGUGCCUUGCGCUGAGCGAAUUGCACUACGAAGGCGACCUCGAACGCCGGCGUCGAUUUUUCCAACAGAUGCACCCUGGCGGUGGCAUUGGCAAAAGCCGGGUCGCCCUCGUUGCAGCAGCGCAGCAGCCCGAAGACGAGAUCGUCAUUGCGCCGCGCGUACCGGUGGUCGACUUACAAGAUGCCGUUACUGAGCCCGAGUUUCUGCGAUGCGUCGUGGAAUUCGACUGUUGUCGUAUCGCGGGAGUCGACUACAACUCCAAUUUUCUACAGCAGCGAUAUCGUCUGUGGAAGCAGCAAGCGAAACAGUAUCCGUCCGCCUACGAUGAGUGGGGCCUCCGAAUUCUAUUGGACCCACGAUUGUCACCAUAUCCAAACAGAUUCUGA